UACCUUGCCCCCUCUCUCGCUCGCAACGAGCGCCUCCGGCUGAACAGAUUUUGGUACUACACUCGAGGCAUGGCGCAGGACACCGAACUGCUGCAUCGCAUCCAAGAGAAGGUCAAUUUGGUGAGGGACUUUCUUGGGUGGGAGAUCGCUCUGUGCGGUCUGCUGGACAACGAUGUCUUCGAGCGUCUCGUCUCCGCUGGCAUGCUGCCCGGCACCGUGCGGAGAAUGGAGAGUCCGUGUUCACAUACAAUCGUGCAGCCUCCCGGGACCAUGUUGCUGAUGGCCGAUAUGGCGAAUGACUGGCGCUUCAAGAACUCCCCCCAAGUAGUGCACGGCGGUUUGAGAAGCUAUGGCGGGACGCAGCUGCUCUGUAAGACUGAAAACGGAGAAGAGGUGGCGCUUGGCUCUCUUUGCGUUGCAUCUGGAACUCCCGGUCGGACUCUAUCACCCGAGCAGCAGGACAUUUUGAAACGAUUCUCUACCAUGGUAUCGGGAGAGGUCAUCAAUCAGUGUCGCUGGAACCGGCAAAAGGAGCAGCAACGCAUGAAUCAGCUGGUGAAUUCCGCCAUCUCCGACUGCGAGCUCGACACGGCCGAGGAGUGCAUCAUGCGCGGCAUCAAGCAGAUCUACCCCGAACAGGACGUCCUAGUGGUCGCCACCAGUGAAGAGUCCAUUCCGCUAUCGAACGGUCAAUUACUACCGGUGUCUGAGACCCACGCCGGACUGUGGGAAAAUGCCGAAGAACUCGACGCCCUCAUUCUCUCUCGCAACCACCAGCCACUGACGACUGAUAAGUUUGUGCGGGCCAUCUCUGGAGCGUCCAGCGCGGAUGUCGGGACAAAGUACUUUCUCGUGGCCUCGAAGGACAUUCGACGAGUUUUUGAUGAUAUUGAUGUCUCGUUCAUCGAAAAGUGUACCUCCGCACUCAAUAUCGCCUCGCACAAGGCAUCGCUCCGGGAAGCAUUGAAGAUUAAGGAGGAGUUUCUUCGCAGCAUCACUCAUCAACUCCGCACCCCAAUUCAUGGAGUGCUUGGGUCGGUGGACUUGCUCGCAGAGGAGUUGGCGGCCAGUGCCGUUAGCAGGGCGACGGGCCCUCCACCUGCCAUGGAAUCGCGAAAAGAAGCCAUCAAUACCGAUGAAGUGAUCGCCACGAUUCGGAACUCGGGCAAAGAGCUCAUGUCGACGCUGAACAAUGUGAUCAAGCUCCAUCGUUGGACGGAGCGAGGAUAUCGCGAUGGAAUGCUGCGCGAGGUGGACCUGCGAGAACUUGAAAACUUCAUCAUGGACGAUGCUCUCUCGGUCCUGCCCGAUGACAGCGAUUCCAUGGUGCGCAUUGUCUUCGACAACCGUCUAUCGCCGGAGAUGAAAGGCCUGACGACGAAUGACACUCUGUUGAGGGAGUGCGUCCAAUCCAUCGUGCUCAAUGCCGUGCAAGCUACCUCGAUCGGCGAAGUGGUCAUUACCAUCUCAACCUCGGAGGACAAUUCAUAUUUCCGGAUCGACGUGGAGGAUACGGGAUGCGGGGUCCCGGUCGCAGAUCACCAGAGGAUAUUCGAAGCCUACGAGAAGGCCGAUUCUCACACCCGUGGUGUCGGCUUGGGUCUGACGCUCGCGCGUAAAAUGGCAGAGUCGAUCAACGGCUCUCUGACUCUCGUUACCUCCGUCGUGGGCAAGGGUUCACAUUUCCGGGCAGAGAUUCAAAAUCCGGCCUUCACCUUUGCUGCUGUCCAGCCAGCUUCACCCCUUCCAAUGCUGGACUUGUACGUGGUCAAUCCGUCUUUGGAGUCUCUCUCUCUUCGACACAUUGCGCCAUGUCUCGCAAAAUACAGCUGUCGAGUGAUCUCGGAGCCCGCAAACACCGUGGCAUGGGUGAGUUGGCGCGGUGAUGCGCAGGAACUCCGGAAAGCACUGCUUCGGGCCCAGCAGGGCUGGACCGUAGGCAUAUGUUUUCUUCCCGUGGGCGAGCGCUUGCAGGACUUGAAAGCCGAGUUUCCCAACAUACUCUUCGCCACUGGCCCCUUUACGACCAAGCGCAUGGAGCAAGCCCUGCUAUCAGCUCGGAAAGCCUUCAAGAAGUCACAAGCUUCUUCGGAUGCACUCGCUCGCUCCAUAUCCAUCCCCGGAGCCCUCACCCCGAAAUCGCAGACAGACACCCCCAUCCUCACCAACGGCAUCGACCACAGCGCAGACUGGAAACCGCACUGUCUGCUCGUCGACGACAACGACGUCAACCUCCGCCUUUUGCGCAUGUACUGCGGCAAGCGCGGGAUGAGCUACACCCUGGCCACCGACGGACUGCAAGCGUGCGCAGCAUACGAAGCGGCCGCGGCGUCGACGAAUCCGGUCGAACUAAUCCUGCUGGAUCUGCAGAUGCCGAAUCGCAACGGCCUGCAAGCAUGUCUAGAGAUCCGGAAAUUCGAGCAGGAAAAGGGGUUGACGCCGGCGAGGAUUUUCAUCGUCACCGGCCAAGACUCGGAGAAAGACAAGGAGCAGACCGCCUCGGCGGGCGCCAACGAGUUCUUCGUGAAGCCGCUCAGCUUCAAAGUGCUCGAUCGAAACAUUGCUGCGUACUUU